CUCUCUUCCCUCGCAACUAUUUUAUCCUCGCUUCCUCCGCUUCUCUCUUUUUCUUUCUUCAGCUUCAUCUAUCCAUCUAUCCAUCCUCCCUCUGCUCUGUCAGGCAGUUUUCUCCCUCUUGUCAAAAAGCUUUGUCCUAUUUUACCUUUUCCUUUCCUCCCUCCACCUUUUUCCCGUCCUAAUCUAUUUACACAUAUUCUCACCAUGUCUUCCGAAACCUUCGAAUUCCAGGCUGAGAUCUCUCAGCUCCUCUCCCUGAUCAUCAACACUGUGUACUCCAACAAGGAGAUCUUCUUGCGAGAGCUUAUCUCCAACGCCUCCGACGCCCUCGACAAGAUCCGCUAUGAGUCCUUGUCGGACCCUUCCAAGCUCGAUUCAUGCAAGGACCUCCGUAUCGACAUCAUCCCCGACAAGGAGUCUAAGACUCUCACCAUCCGCGAUACCGGUAUCGGUAUGACCAAGGCUGAUCUGAUCAACAACCUUGGUACCAUUGCUCGCUCUGGAACCAAGCAGUUCAUGGAGGCUCUGACUGCUGGUGCGGAUAUCUCCAUGAUCGGCCAGUUCGGUGUCGGUUUCUACUCCGCCUAUCUCGUUGCCGACAAGGUCACCUUCAUCUCCAAACACAAUGACGAUGAGCAGUAUGUCUGGGAGUCUGCUGCCGGUGGUACUUUCACCCUCACUCAGGAUACCGAGGGCGAGCCUCUCGGUCGCGGUUCCAAGAUCAUCCUUCACUUGAAAGACGAGCAGCUUGACUACCUCAAUGAGAGCCGUAUCAAGGAGGUCGUCCGCAAGCACUCUGAGUUCAUUUCCUACCCCAUCUACCUCCACGUCCUGAAGGAGACCGAGAAGGAGGUCCCUGUUGAAGAGGAGGAAGAGAAGAAGGAAGAGGACGACGAGAAGAAGCCCAAGAUCGAGGAGGUCGACGAGGAUGAGGAAAAGAAGGAGAAGAAGACUAAGAAGAUCACCGAGACCAAGGUUGAGGAGGAAGAACUCAACAAGACCAAGCCCAUCUGGACUCGCAACCCUGCUGAUAUCACCCAGGAGGAGUAUGCUGCCUUCUACAAAUCCCUCUCCAACGACUGGGAGGACCACCUUGCUGUCAAGCACUUCUCCGUUGAGGGUCAGCUCGAGUUCCGCGCUAUCCUCUUCGUUCCCAAGCGUGCUCCUUUCGACCUCUUCGAAACCAAGAAGACCAAGAACAACAUCAAGCUUUACGUGCGCCGUGUCUUCAUCACCGACGAUGCCACCGACCUCAUCCCUGAGUGGCUCGGCUUCAUCAAGGGUGUUGUUGACUCUGAGGACCUUCCUCUUAACCUCUCUCGUGAGACUCUGCAGCAGAACAAGAUCAUGAAGGUCAUCAAGAAGAACAUCGUCAAGAAGACGCUCGAGCUCUUCAGUGAGAUCGCCGAGGACCGUGAGCAGUUUGACAAGUUUUACUCUGCCUUCUCCAAGAACAUCAAGCUCGGUAUCCACGAGGACGCCCAGAACCGUCAGGCUCUCGCCAAGCUCCUGCGCUACCAGUCCACCAAGUCUGGUGACGAGGCUACCUCCCUUACCGACUAUGUCACUCGCAUGCAGGAGCACCAGAAGCAGAUCUACUACAUCACUGGCGAGUCUAUCAAGGCUGUUGCCAAGUCUCCCUUCCUCGACACCCUCAAGCAGAAGAACUUUGAGGUCUUGUUCCUUGUUGACCCCAUUGACGAAUAUGCCUUCACUCAGUUGAAGGAAUUCGAUGGCAAGAAGCUCGUUGAUAUCACCAAAGAUUUCGAGCUCGAGGAGACUGAGGAGGAGAAGAAGGAGCGCGAGAAGGAGGAGAAGGAGUACGAGGGUCUCUGCAAGAGCCUCAAGAACAUCUUGGGCGACAAGGUCGAGAAGGUUGUCGUUUCCCACAAGCUUAUUGGCUCUCCUUGCGCCAUCCGUACUGGCCAAUUCGGUUGGUCUGCCAAUAUGGAGCGUAUCAUGAAGGCCCAGGCUCUCCGUGACUCCUCCAUGAGCUCUUACAUGUCUUCCAAGAAGACCUUUGAGGUCUCUCCCAAGUCCUCCAUCAUCAAGGAGCUCAAGAAGAAGGUUGAGGCCGAUGGUGAGAAUGAUCGCACUGUGAAGUCUAUCACCCAGCUGCUCUUCGAAACCUCUCUUCUGGUCUCUGGCUUCACCAUCGAGGAGCCUGCUAGCUUCGCCGAGCGCAUUCACAAGCUUGUGUCUAUCGGCUUGAACGUCGAUGAGGAGGCCGAGACCAGCGAGGAGAAGGCUGCUGAAGAGUCGGCCGCUCCUGCUGAGGCUACCGGCGAGAGCGCCAUGGAGGAGGUUGACUAAACAGUUCACCCCUAGUCUUCCUGCGUCUUUGCCUUGUUUACCUUCCGAUUUUACGACAGAUGCCUUAGUUUUUUUUUUUUUCUCUCUUUUCAACGUGUUCUUAUUCAAAUAAUAACGGGUGAAGAUCAUUUUCCAAUUAUUACGAUGUGAUACUACCGGCGUUUUGAGCGUUUAUUUAAGAAGUGCUUGUGCUCUGUUAUCCUUUCAUUUCUCUUCCCGUUGAAUUACCUGGUUUUCCGCCAGUGUCCUAUUCGCCCUUUAGAGAUUUGAAAGUUUUUCAGCAGAAGGGUCAGGUCUUAUUAUUUCUAGUACUUGAAUGAAAAGCUUAUUUUCAG